AUGGGUUCAGAGACACCGUCAGAAAUAGACAAUACAACGCCUGCUACAACAAAGACACAAUCCACCCCAACCACCACUGCCAACUUCCCCAUCAAUGAUAAUAAUAAUAAUGACCACCACCAGUCGCAAUCACAUAGUGCUACUUCUCAAUCUACUCCAAACAAUACAACAUCCUCAUCUAAUGACCAAUCAAUGCAACGUAGAUCUCAAUUCAUGAUCCCAAAUGACAUCCUCAAGAAUCUCACUCCAAUAAAAUCAAAACCAUCAUCAUAUCGAUAUAAUGACCAUCUUCAUCCAAUCAAGAAAAAACAAGAUCAUUUAAAAUCGAUUCAAUUCAAAUUAAGGAUCCGAUCCCAGAUGAUUCAGAACCAGAUUAUGAAGCAUAAACAACAACAACAACUGUAUCGGGAUAUGAAAGUGAAACGAUUGAGUCAGAGACAUUUGGAGACUAGACGAAGGCGAUUGGAAUAUUUGAAGAUGAUUAGGGAGAGGGCGAGGCGGGUUGUGUUUGUGAAGAUGAAUGGAGAUGGGAUGGAUGGGAGGGGGAGGAGUAGUGGAAGAUAUGAGAGAGUUGUGUGGAAGAACGGUGGGAAAAAGCGUGUCGAGGGGGGAAGGGAACGGGAGGGUGGGCUUGGAAUGGAGGAGGAGGUAUUUGGGGGGAGAGGUAGUAGUUCUCGGGAGAUUGUUAAAUUUCAACGGAUAUGUCGUCGAUAUUUGUUUAAUAAAUAUCUUAAAAUAUUAAUCAAAUCCCAAUUUUUGAAUGAAUUUGAAGGUUAUUCAUUUAAUCAAAUUAUUAAUAUAUUAAAUAAUAAUCAUCAUGAAAUUACCAAGAGUAUUUAUUUUAUAUUAAAUUAUUUGAACGUAUCGAAAUUACGUGAUUAUGAAUAUAAAUCAUUUAUGUAUUGUUUUAUUAUGAUUAAUGACUUUAAUGAUUGUAUGAAGGGUAAUAGUCAAUAUCAUCAUCCUGCUUCUAAUGCAAAUGUGAAUGAUUAUGAUGAACGGUCAAUGUUUUUUAAUAAUUCUAUUUGGGUGAUUGUUUAUAAAUAUACGAUAUUAUUGCUUGAAGAAUUUAAGGUGGUGGUUGCACAAGGGAAGAAGACAAAGAAAUUUGAUAUAUAUUGGAGACAAUAUAGUUUUUAUUUCAAAGUGUUUAAAUGGAAUCAUUAUUUGAAUAUUAAAGAAAUAUUGAUAAGUUCAAUUGAAGGAUUAAAUAAUCAAUUUCAAAUGAUUGAAGAUUUGGUAGAUCCUAUACGGGAACAAUUGACUAUUCAACAAAUGAAAUUAUCCAAUGAAUUGACAUUAUUGAAUAGUUAUUCUGUACAUGGAUUAAAGCGGUUUAUUUCCACCAAUGAAGUGAAUCAAUUUAUGAAUAAUUUGAAUUGUAAAAUAUAUGAUAAUCAUAACAAUUGUGAUUAUUUUAUUAUUAAUAAUUCAAGAUUUAUUAAAUUCAAUUCUUUACGGUUUUAUAUUCCUUAUGUACCUAUUUUCGAUUGGAGGAAAUAUUGGUUUGAUUUAUAUUUAAAGAUUCAUUCAAAUAAGAAUGAAAUACCUAAUAGAAUAAAAUCGGGAUAUGUUGAAUCAUUUGAUAUUCGAGAAUAUAUUGAUGUGAAUGAAGUGACUAAACAUAUUAGUACAUCACUACAAGAUGUUUAUCAACAGUUUUAUCAAUAUUAUACUGAAUUUAUACAAGACACAACAUUAAAGAGGAAACUUAUAGAGCAGGCACCACCUGAAGGAAAAUCAUGGAAUUCGCUUGAAGAAUUAAUUAGGUUCUGUGAACCGGGGAAUAUGGUUUUGAUAGAUUUGAUUAAGAAUUAUCAACAAGAUGAAGCAGGGACAAUUAAACAAUUAUCAAUUGUUAUUAAUAAUUAUUGGAUUAAUAAGACUAAAUUUAAGGAUUUUAAUCAAUAUCAACAAUUUGAUAAUAUUUAUUUAUUAAUUAAUUGUAAUAAUUUUCCAAAUUUAAAUUUUAAUUGGUAUACAUUUAAUCCACAAUUAUUAUUUCCAAAAUUUUAUAAAUCAAUUAUUGAAUUAACUAAAGAAGAUGAUGAUGAUGAUUAUUUUAUAAUAAAUGAAGAUGUUGUAAAUUGUUCAUUUAAGAAUUCUUUAUUAAGAAUAAUUAUAAAUAAUCCAAUAACUAAUAUAAAUGGUAAAUUUUUCAUGAAUAUAUUCAAUAAAAUGAUACUAAGGGGGAAUAUUGAAAUUAAUGAAUUGAAUGUUGUAUUUUAUGAUAAAUUUAUUAGCCUACAUUAUAAAUUAACCAAAUUAAUUGAAUUGAAUACAUUUAUAUUAAUGUAUUUAAAUUAUUAUCAUAACCAUCAUACAGAGACAGUAUCCCAGGGCCAUAUUUCACAAAUUAUUACUAAUGAAUCAUUUAAUUUAAAUGAAUAUGAUUCUAAAUUUGUUGAGUAUUAUCAACAAUUUAAAUCAUCAAUAAUUAAAAUAUUACAGGAAAAGUUAUUAAUAGCAUUAAACGAUCCAUUGUUAAGUUAUGACAUUAUAUUAAAGAAUUUUAAGUAUUCCUGUUGUAUUGAUAAAGUUAUUAAAUUAAUUGAUGAUGUUAAUAAUUUAAAUUCAUUUAUUUAUAAAUUAUAUAAUCCAAUAUUAAAUUGGAUUUAUUUUGAUUUAAAGUGA